AUGGGGGGCUAUGAAGUGGAGGGGGUAGAGGACUCGUCGGUGAAUGGCUCCAGGGUUGGUGGAGAAGCCCCCCUAGAGGUGGGCGAGGUGACAAUCACUUCUGGAAUCACCGGGGGUAGCAAGAAUGAGGAGCAGAAUGUCCAACGGGGAGAGAUUCCCCAACAUGUUCCUUUAUUGGCCACCCCCUCAAUGGAUGAAGAAGACAAGUAUGAAUUUUUGAGCUACUCAAAUUACUUCUUUCUAGAGGAACAGAAUUACGUGAACACAUACUUCGAAGUGAAAAACGUUUUAAAAAACACCAACCCAACCUUAGAAAGCUUCUUCAGCUAUAUCUCUCUGUUGUCUCAUGUGGUCUACUUCGAUCAAGUGGAAGAAAAAAAAUUAUUAACGUCGACUGAUGUAGAAAACAUUAAACAUAUUUUACUGAAAAAUGAACAGAGUAAUAUUACUAGUUAUACAGUUGCCUACAGUUGUAUUCUUCUCCUUCUCGACGUGAUAAAGUUGAGUCCACACUCGGGCAUAAAAAACUAUGUCUAUUGUCAGCUAGCCAAAAAUUCAAAAAAAAUUGAAGAUCUCUUUUUCCCCAUUUAUUCCUUCCAAAAGGGAAAACAUAUGGAUCAUUCCUAUGUGGUUCGAAAAAAUGAAGCCAUCUUCAUAAGUGAUUUUGUAACCCUAAACGUUAUUAACCUCCUCAAUGGGGAAGACCAAUUAAGCAGAACUUAUGGAUUCAAACUUUGUUUCCUCUUUUGCCAACACUUGAGUGGAUGUAAUCAUCUGGUACACAUGGUUUUGAGAGUAAUUUUUAAAAGAAUAAAUUUUGAUGAAUUCAAUUUGGCUCUGCGUGUCCUCACCCGGUGGACUCCUUUUCUCUCGCAUGAUGUUCUCUACCACGUGGUGAGAGGCCUCUACCACAGUGCGAUGGGACGAUCCACUGGACGGGAAAUUCCCACACCGGGUAAGCACAUCAUUGGGGAAUCUUCCACGGAGAAGGGAACCAUACCUGUGCCUACCAUUGGAGAAGAUCGCCCAGGUAGUGGAACCCAGAUACAGACAGGGGAAUGUAGCGAGGAGAAUAUUUGGGAACCCCAUCUUGGGGGGAAGAUCCGCCAAAGGGAUAUGGGGGGAUCCCCUCCAAAUGGAUUAACCGAUACGAAUGUGGACCAAGCCAAAAAACAAAAUCACACACAAAGGGGAAAGCAAUCUCGUAGGGAACACAAAAAAGGGCCCAUCCUGGACAAUCCAUUCACGUUCACCAUAAUUAUGUACCUAUCAAAAAUUGCGAACAGAAUGAACCACAUGGUGCCAUACGUAAGUUACUUUCUUUUUAGAAAGUUUUGGAAAAUGAUAAACAAUAUGUUCCAUGAAGAGGAACAUCUCUGCACCAGUGAAGAGGUGGCCAUAACUAUUCUGCGUGCGUACUUCCACAGUACAACUGUGUUGAGCCAUCAAAAUGAGUUCCUCAAAAUUUUGCAAAUUAUUUGCAUUAAAUUUCUGUUGAUGGUACCCCAAACAGAGCUCAUGAAGAGGAGACAACUAACAUAUUUAGCUCUCAAAAGUUUGCUCUUUUUGAUUAAAAAAAAUAGCAUUCAUAUAUUCCCAUUUGUGGAUGACAUGUCAGGGAAAAUAAACACAUUCAACCAACGGAUGAACAACUUUCACUUUGCCUAUUUCUUCUUCGUGUCCACUGUCCGAGAAUACGAAUUGAUAGAAUGGCUAAAUCGUCUUCCCCUCUGUCGUGGCGACAGCCCUGCCCUUUUCAUGUUUGUGAAAAUUGUGUAUCAAUUUUUUAAAGCGUCGAGUGGGAAAAAUUACCUGACCCGUUCAGGCAAAAGGGGGGAUAAUUACCUGACCCGUUCAGACAAAAAGGAGGGUAAUUACCUGACCCGUUCAGACAAAAAGGAGGGUAAUUACCUGACCCGUUCAGACAAAAAGGAGGGUAAUUAUCAUCCCCGCACGAGAAAAAAAGGGGGACCCAUUUCACCACACCUUGCUAAUCAUUGCAAAGAAGAAAACACAAGUGAAGGCGCCACAACCUAUACCCAUGCGAACCCUGUCCAAAUAAACUACUUACCCAUUUUGAGUCGAACGCACCGCGACCCGUUUAUUCAGAACUUUGUGUGUACCAUGAGGGAUAAUCUCCCCGUAGAGAUGAUCCAGCGGAAGAGCUACCCCGAAGGAGACCAUAAAUAUACACUCGAUUCUGCAAAGGGGGUAGGGGAAAAUCUGGCGCCAGGAACUGCACGAGACCUGCUGCCCAUUUUUCCCGAUAAGGAAAUUCCCUCCCAACGCGAGCAAAAAAAAAGAUCGAACUGCGAAAACGAUAACAUGGAUGAGGAACACAAGGGGCAAUUUUGUUUUACAAUAACGUUGAGCGAUAGUGCCGAAAGUGUCGACAGCGACGAUAUCGGUGUACGUGGCGUACGUGACGGAAGCGACGCCGAGGAAGAACACUUCGCACAGGAGAACAUGUCCAAUUUGGCAAAUCUGGAGGAGAACAAUAGAAAGCGAAGGGUGGACCUCUUCUUUGGGAAGUUUGUCCAGUUGGCGAAGGAGAACGAACAAUCCAGUGACAUUAAUGUGAAAAAUUUGGACAUAACACUGAGGAUAAGGGGAAAGGGAGGGCGCGCGGGGAAGGAACAGGAACAAUCGAAUAAGCAAGAGAAGGAGAAACACCUGAAGGAGGAUCUCGAGGCAGCAUGGGAGAUCCACUCAUCCAAAGAGCACACUGACCAAGAGGAAGGGAAAGCAGUGAAAAGGAUCCAUUCCAGAAAAGAAAGUAAUGCCCCAUCCAAGAGGGAAGAUGGAUCAUUACUGAACAGUAGGAAGACCACCACACCUUAUACUGAAGACCAAGCCGAGGAGAACUCAGGAGAAAGCUCACUAAGCGAUGCCAUUAGCGAAAUAAGUAACGAUAAAAACAGUCCACUCAAGCAGAACACAAUUAAGGAUUUAUUGUAUGAACAAGUUAAAACAGACAAACGAGAGAAACUUGGAAAAGAAAAAAUUUUCCUGUACUGCUACAAGUGGCUAAUGAAAAAUAAAAUAAGUCUCCACAGCUUUAUGUGCGAGGAUAAAAUAAAAUACUUCACUUCGGAAGAGUCAUUUUUUUUCCAGUUUAAGAAUGCAUUUUUAAAAAAAAAAAAAAAAAAUAUAUAUAAUCGACAUUACGACCGCAGAGGAGUUAACAGGGCACAUGAUUUCGGUCCAGUUCAUCACGAUAGUGAGGGAUUAUCAUCGGGAGAAAACAUUCCAGAUGAUUCCACUCUUUACAAAAUUAUGUUUAUAAGAUUGUUGUUAUUCCUGUGCAGAUAUAGCGCUGACAGUGUAUCGACCAAACUGUGCAUUUUAAAAACGCUCACUAUUCUUAGCAAGUAUAUUGUGUGCGAUGAGGACGUGCGGGAUUUUCUCAAUCUGUUUAAUUCUUUCUUCCAGUUUUUUCUUCACAACAACGGGGAUUCCAAUGUAGAUACCCCCAUGGAGGGUGUCGAGAAAAGUGCAGCGAUUGGAGAAACAUAUCACACAAGUAAGAAUGUCUACGGCAUAGGUAGAGGUGCCCACAUGGAGGACAAGUCCAAUUUUACCAACAGAGGAAGAAGUAAAUACUACACGCAUAUUGAAACUCAUCUGAACCAUGCUGACAGGCUACAUGCGAUUAGGGGGAUAGGAGGAAACAUUACAUCAUCAGAUAUGGAAACCCGCGACGAGACAAAUUUUGAUCUCUUCCUAAACGAUCUGCUAAAGCACAGAUUGAACGAUCGACCUGGGGAGAGCAACAACUCCUCUCCCUAUCAGCAAAGUGCUGCCUUCAAAAGUGCUAUGCAGACGUGCCUGCUCAGCGUAGCCACCAACUUAGGAAAUUGCACAAAUGAACACCUCCUGAACUGCCUUUUCCAGUCAUUUUGUAGCAACGAGUUUGUUCCAUUCUUCCAUCUCCUCUUCACACUCCGUGCGGAAAAAAUGGUGCACAUUUUGAAGGACCCCUUUUUUUAUUUGCUCAUAGAUGGUCAGGACACCGAAGAGGAUUAUUCCUCCCGUGGAAAAGCAAACGACGAAUAUGGCGUAUCGUCUAGCCAAUUAACAGAAGAGGAGAAAAAAACAAAAAAAAAUACUUCCCCCGAUAUACCCGUUAGCCGUGUUAAGGGUGAUAGCCGCGCUUAUUUUCUUAAGAGAAGUAAAUUUUUUCAAACCUUCAACAUUUGUCAGCGUGAGAAUGACCAUCCAGCUAGCUAUCACAACGUGAGACACCUCUUUCAAUUAUCCCUUGUCAGUUACGGGAAGGGAGAAGAAGUAUCGACGGUCCUACGAAAGAAGGUUUACGUUUUCCUCAGUAUCUUAAAUCAUAUUUUUCCGUUUAAGGAGAAAGCCACACCAUUUUGGCAUGCAGUCAGGGGGACAAGCCAAAAAAAAAAAAAAAAAAAAAAAAAAAAUAUAUGUACAGGUCAGGUAAAUUUGGUAGGUAAUGUAAACCAAGUGUGGGGGAAGGAAAAAGUAACAGCACGGGGGUACUCUGGAGAUGGAAGUAACAGAAACAGUAGCAACGGUAGUGCCGAUGGUAUCAGCGAUAGCAACGAUAUCAACGAUAGCCACGAUAGCGACGAUAGCGACGAUAGCAACCGUAGUAGUGACACCCCCCCAUCCACGUGCGCCUCAUCAGACGGCCAACUCAGCUCAACGGAGCGGGACAACCCGUCCGACUGCAGCUCCGUUUCGUCUAUGUCGAACAAGUCCCUGCGAAGGAAAGUGCAUAAUAUGUACAUAAAGUUACAACACCAAGAAAAAGUAACAUCGGAAGAAAAUGUUCAAGUAGCCAAUUUAAAAAAAAAUGAAAGUUCCCUUUUUUACCUGUACAGGUCAGGUAAAUAUUGUAUGUGUGCAGGAUUUUACAAACAUGGCUAUGCUAUCUUUGGAAAGUUGUUUGUCUUGGCAAGCAGUGGAGAUGUGAAGCUGUGGUUGAAAGCUUUAUUAAAUUACUGUAACUUCUUUUUUCGAAAGAGGAACAAGUCGUAUGGGGAUUGGAAAACUUUUUUAAGUCCGAUAAAAUAUUUAUUGAUCUCUGAGCAGUGCAUUAAGGAGUUACGCAUUUUUCAGCAAAAUUUUUUUCUUUAUGGCUUUUUUGUGAAGAUACAAAUGAACAUGUACCGAGCUGUAGAAGAUGUUCUAACUCUAGUCGGUGAUAUUCGGGAUGAAAUAAAUUUCACGCUCAGUUAUUUUGUGUGCAACAUAGAAAGGAUUAUGACCGCUCUGGUGGAGACUACACUGGGAAUCCUAACCCUUGGCGGUAUAAAGCAUUUGUUCGCGGGGUUGUCCAAAAGGGUCCUAUUUCUUUAUGUGGUCUUCUUGAAAUCCACGUUCGUGUUGUGCUCCUUCUUGCGGCACAAGGUGAUCCCCUUUUUGUUCCUCAGUCCGUCCUCCGUGGUUAAAGCACCUUCCGUGGAUAGCCAUACAGAUACUAUCGGAAGUAGUAGUGGUGAGAGCAGUGAUGAAAGGAACGGUAAUGAGAGCUUCGAAUGGAGGGGCCAACGAAGCGGGGGACACCAAGCCGUCUUCAACAUAGGCAAUUGCACUUUACACGACCUGGUGCAUUUUUACUUAAACAAGAGGAAGGUAAAAAGGAUGAGAAACAACAUUUUUGCAAAAGAGGUGAGAGAGACACAGGGGAAGAAUUUUCCAGAUGUCUUUGACUACAUAAUGACCCAAUGGAAAGUGGCGGCAUCCAAAUUUUUUUUUUAUGAACAUGUUCAGAAAAUAAAGGAUCUUUAUCAUCAGUUCUUUAGAGACGGCAUGGUGAAUAAAAAAAAAGUUUUGGCCUUCAUCAAGGUGUAUUUGGAGGUUGUCUUCCGGAUGGAUUUGCCAACUCCUCCUCGUAUAUUAUCAUCAGUGGCAGUCCCCUAUGUUACCAGUUCGACCUACGUGUACAGAUCGAUCAAAGGAAAGGCAUCCUGUGAAGUGGAGUCCCUCAAGUGUGUGGGUCAAUUGGUCUCCCGCAAGGCGGCCCCUGUGCGAGAUUUCCACUCAUGUAACGUGAAGCUGAUUUUAAAAAAUAAAAUCAUCAGGGAGGUCAAUGUGAGAAGCCAAGGGAUGAACAUCACCUACACAGCCCACAUUAAAAUGGGCGAAGAUGAGUGGAAGCAUUUCUCCAUUUUUUUAACCCCUCUGGAUAGGAAAAAAAGAUUGCUUGGUCAGGCAAAAGCUACUGUUUUUUAUUUUAAAUAUGUUUGA